CAAUAUUAUAAGGGGUAUACUGUUUUGAAGAUUUCAUCUAAUCUAUAAAAGAGUAUGUACUAAUGGUCGGGUAGUUUAUGAAUUUAUAAACUUUAAAAAGCUAAUGGAGAUAUGUAAAAAAUAAAAUGUCUGACGUGUUUACAGAAGAGCAGCUUGAAGAGUUCAAGGAGACGUUCAGCUUGUUUGACAAAGAAGGAGAUGGUUCUAUAUCAAUAAAGGAACUUGGUACCGUCCUCAGAGCUUUGGGGCAACAUCCAACCGAGGCUGACCUUAAUGACCUCAUCGGUAAUCUAGAGGUUGAAGGACACAUGACCAUUGAGUUUCCAGAGUUUUUGAGUAUCCUGGCGAAAAUCAUCAAAGAUACCGAUCCAGAGACCGAACUUACCGAAGCUUUCAAGAUUUUCGACAAAGAAAACACGGGCAACAUCUCUAACGCCGACUUACGGCGAAUUAUGACGACGUAUGGCGAGGUGUUGAAUGACGAAGAGAUAGAAGAGAUGAUCAAAGAAGCCGACACCGACGGCGACGGCAUUGUCGAUUAUGCUGAGUUUAUCUCCAUGGUGAUACAACCUUAAAACGUCACAACUGGUCAUUGCAGAGGUCAAAAUUCUUCAUUUAUGGUGUUCUUUCGGUGUUCUUGUAUUUUGUGUUGUGAAUAAAUAAUUAGAAAAACAUUAUAGAA